AUGAGCUCCCACGACACUUCCAAGCCUUUCGUUCCACUGGCGCCAGGCCCACGACGCAUAGUCAAAUCACAAUCAUCGAUGGCCGUCGGUAGGCCUAAAAAGAACUCUACCGCAUGUUUGACAUGUAAAGCAGCGAAAAGGAAGUGCUCUGGAGAGCCUGGCCCGUGCAAAGCUUGUAUCAUUGCAGGCGCCGGGGACAAAUGUCAUUUCGACCGAAGCAAGGAUCUGAGGCGCAAAGUCGGCAUCAAACGAACAAUCGAGGAGUUAAUGUAUUGGAAAAUUUUGCUUGGUUCAGUAAUAACGAAAAUACGCCUCGCAGAUAACAAAGAGUUGAAUGAAUUGGCGAAGGUGCUGAGGAGGAGUGAUGUGCCUAUGAGUGAGAUCGCCCUUGCAUUUGAGUGUCCUGAAAUGAAGUCCUCGGAUCCAAACGCUUCAUUGGCUGCGAUUUUGAGUUUGCCAUUAUCAGAAUAUAUGGAUAUGGACUUGGAUGUCAUAGCACAGCCCCAGCCGAGGAGGAAUUCCAUCGGUCAUCCCAAGCAGGAUAAGCAGACCUCACCAAAGGCUUCAUUUCACCCAUAUGCACGAGUAUCCUUGGAGAGUCUUUGCGAUGUGCCCUUCUUGGAAGUCCCAGCCAAACCGUGGACAGUAGUCACUGACGACAAUGACCUUGUGUCGCAUCUUGUUUCGCUGUACUUCAUAUGGGAUCAUCCAUGUGUCCAGUUCCUGGAUCAAAGCAUAUUCCUUGAACACAUGAGACGCGGGGAGGCUGAGUCGGAGUUUUGUUCUCCAGUGCUGGUCAACAGCCUCUUGGCCAUGGCUAGUAUUUAUUCGGAUCGUCCGAGUGUCUUCUCAGACCCCGACGACAAGUUCUCGCGUGGUCAAAAAUUCCUUGAGGAGGCAGAGAGGUUACUGCGGGCCGAAGAAGGAGAACCGCGUUUGUCAAAUGUCCAGGCUCUUCUCUUUAUGUGUCAUGUGUUAUCAUGCCAGGGAAAGACCAACUUAGCUUGGCAGAUGCUAGGACUUGCGAUCCAGAUGGCACGGGGCUUGGGAUUAUUUGCGCAUCGAAAUACCAAGAAGCGUGGAAGUAACUUAUCGCCUGAAAUGGUGAAAGUCCGCACCAUCACAGCAUGGAGUAUAGCUAGCUUGAAUCUACAGAUGUCCACGACGCUCCAGAGAGAUGGAGAUACCACCUCAGUGCGGCCUAUAUAUGAGAUCGAAGUUGGUGGGGACCAUGAUUGUGAUUGGACUCCAUAUCCGCUGUUAAAUCAGAUCACUUCCUUGACCCAGCCAGCACGUCUCCCUCAAAUCCGAAUUGGGGUCGCCAGAUUAACAGAGAGCCUGGCUCGCAUUCAUGACCUCUUAAAUGAGGAGGACUUUUGUGGAGAUUGCCCUAGUCUCUUAAGUAAGGCAAAGGACCGGUAUGAAGAAUUACAGCACUGGCUGUCAGCAUGGCCUGAUGCCUUACAAACCGGAAAAGAGCCGAUGCCACAGCUUCUCAUCCCCCGUCUUCAAUGCCUCCAAGCGGUUACGAACCUCCUUAAAGUGCUCAUUGAACGUGAUUCACAAGUAUCCAAAGUUCAAGAAUUACGGCAGAACUGGCGCGUUCAUAUGGAGGAAAUGAAGCAGUGUCUUCGUCUCUACCGCACUUCAUAUGGACUCAGGUAUAUCCCAAGUCAGUUGAUUACUAUAGUCAAAUCAGGCCUUCAAGCUCUUCUUUAUCAGAUACACGAGGUUGUCGAAGCGAGGGAUGUAUUUCUCGAGCUCUCUCGCCUUGGAUUUGGUCUCAGCCAGAGGUUCAAAACGAUUGCAGACUCCAUCAACACAAUUAUUACGUUGUCCCAGCGCGGGACUGCGAACCUUUCUCCUGAGAUCAUUGCGAUUCUAGAUGGCUCCGAAUCCCAAGGGCAAGAGAUGGGAAAUCACGGUAUGCAAAUGACAAUAUAA